AUGUAUGCAAGUGACGAGCUUGCGCCCAGCCUCGCCUCGUGCGACCAACACAACGAGACACAUUGCCCGGGGACCCGGAACCGCGGUCUCGGCUCGCCAGCCGUCUGCUCGCCCGGCAAAGGACCUUGGCUUGGGCAAGGCCCAGGCGGUCUGUCUGUCGGAGUGCCCGCGAGGAUCCCGCACCCGCACCCGCACCCGCGCCGCCGCCAUGUGACCCCUUUGUGCGACGCGGGCGAUGAUGGCCCCCAGCUGCCGGCUGCGCUGCCGUGCCGGCUGGAGGCAAAUGGACGAGCGACGGACGGGCUGGGUGAUGAUGGGAAAGAGAGAGGGGAAGGGGGGAAGGGGGCGUGUGAUGAGGAGCAGCAGCCCGUGACGGCCAUCUGCCAGUUGUCAUCGUUCUGGCGUGCAUUGGUCGUCGAGCAAAGCCUGCCUGCCUGCCGGCUGUGA